AUGGUCAAUGGUUUGCUGGACAAACACUGCUCUAUAUUCACCAGUGAAAUAUUUGCUAUCUAUCAAGCUGCUCUAAUAGCAUCCAAAUCCAAGGGUAAAUUCUGCAUUUGUACAGACAGUCAAUCUGCCAUUGAUGCCGUCAAAAAUUUUACCAAUAAAAGUGUCUUAGUAACUUACGUUCGUGAUCUGCUCACCAAGCACGCAAAUAAAAUGAAAUUGAUUGAACUCGCCGACUCUGUGGCGAAAAGUAUUCAUGAAGAACCGGAUCUGUGCUUUGACGCUCUUGAAAAAGCUGACUUAAAACAUCUAAUAAAGCAGUACGUACAUAACAAGUCCCUGUUGAAAUGGAUUGAAUACGUUCAUCAUUAUGCGGCAACUAAUCCUAUCAGAGCAAAGCCUAUAUACCCCACGAACUCCAAACAUUCAGACAUUUUGUUAUUCACAAGGCUUCGUCUAGGUCAUACGCAGAUCACGCACGAUUACCUGUUAAAUAAUGGAAACGGAUCCUGCUGCUUUUGUAGGUCCUCUAGGACAUCAGUAAAACAUAUACUAGAUGCAUGCCCCCAAUUUACCAAUACAAGGCGAAGGAUGUUUGGCACAGCUCUCCCAUCGAAACUGCUAACUAAUAUAACAUCGUCGAAUAUAAGUACUAUAUCUAACUUUCUUAUAACAUGUAACAUAGCACAUUUAAUUUAAUAUAAA